CGGCGUAAAAGUGAUGUAUCGUGGAUCUGGAGGCACGACGGCUGACAUUAGUAUCAGUAAUACAGCAACACAGAGAGAAAAGUUGGCUUUUGGCAGAAAAGAAAGACUCACAUCCAGAAUGCUUGACUUUGUACUUCUAGCACUUGUUCUCGGGACAAACCCAGUUCCAGCCCAUGGGGAACCAACGUACCUGAUUGGUACUGAAGGGAACAACAUCACGCUACCUGACAGAGUGACAGGAUGUGAUUUCAAUCUCAAGGUUGAAGGAUGGGGCAAAGAAACUCACUUUAUGCUGUAUAACGGGAGGAUCAUUAUUCGUUAUUCUGACAGGAUUUUGUUGGACACGUCCACGGGACAGAUUACACUGACCAACCUUCAGAAACGUGACGCAGGAAAGGUGACUAUUAAUGUCAAUACCGAGGGACCAAAUCGUUGCUUCACCAACCCUUCCACCGUAGAGUACGAGCUGACCGUCCACGACUCUAUAUCUGGUCCUGCAGUGGAAACUGUGACGGCGACCUCUGACAGCUGCGUCCUGCGCUGUGCUGUCGGUAACACUUCAGACAUCACACUGCGGUGGUACAAAGACGAGGAGAUGCUGAAGCAGAUCAGCUCCACGGACUCUCUGCUGCUCACUGUGACCGAGCAGAACCUCAGCUCCUCUUACAGGUGUGAGGCUGGAAACCCUGCAGAGAACACAAGUGUCCACGUCGACGUCAAGACGCUCUGCAGUGGACUGAAGCACACAGGUGAUGGUAGAAAACCGCUCUGGUCUGUCCUGGUCCUGGUCCUGGUCCUGGUCCUGGUCAUCAUAGCACUUGGAUGUUGUUUUGAUCUCCACAGGAAGGCAGCCCGGUGCAUCAGACGGGGGGUUUAUUGUCACACCUCUUGUGACAAUGAAGAAGCUGCUGCUGACGCCUCCAGUCAAACAGUGAAUGGAAACAUGGAGAAUCAUCACAUGAUGCCUCCCGAUGCGGAGACCCCAGUUUAAAUCAGGGUUUUGUUUGUUUUUUAAUGGCUGGACCUGCACAUGGUGUUUACUUCUGGAUUACAGGUAGCUGUUGAUGUGUGUGGAAGGAGAAUGCAGGUGAAACUAACUGUCAGUCAGGCCACUGAUGACUGUGAACCUGAUGCAACUGAAAAGAAGCACAGGAGCAGGUUUUUAUUUGCAGGUCUUCUGCGCCCCCUGCUGACCGUAUUGAAUAUUACAAUACACUGUAAUGCUGUGUUGACAAGGAUUUACAUGUAAAGUCACUGUGAAUGAAUUUGCGUCUGGUGUGAACACAGCAUCACAAGAUCAAUGAAAAAAACCAAAACAAAAGACAGAAAAGAGAAACAAAGAAGGCAUUUCAGCCACUAUUUAAGGCACCAUGAUGCAGUGGAGUUCAGAUUGGUGUCAACAGUCUUAUCUGACUAAAAAUGUGUCCAGAGCAAAAGAAAUGCUGAUUGAUUUAGAAGGAACCCUCCAGCUGCUGUGUCUCCUGUUCACCGGCUUCCCAUCCCACACCGCAUUAAAUUCAAAAUCCUUCUACUCACCCAUAAAGCUCUCCAUAACCAGGCGCCCUCUAACCUCAAAGACAUGCUCCACCCCUACACCCCUUCAUGUACCCUCUGCUCCACCAAUGCCAACCGCCUGAUCGUCCCCAGGACCCAGCACCGAACCUGGAGGGAUAGGGCCUUCUCUGGCGCCGCCCCCACCCUCUGGACCUCUCUCCCACAACACAGCAGUGACACCACAGACCCAGUCAUGUUCUGCUUUUUUCACUUCAACCUUUAUCUUGAUAUCUUGUGUUAUUUUUAUCUGCGUGCUUGUAUUUCUGUGUAGUCCACUUUUGUAUAAGUUGCUUUUAUUGUUCCUUUAUCCUGUAAAGCGUCUCUGAGUUUUUGAAAAGCGCUAUACAAAUAAAAUGAAUUAUUAUUAUUUAUUCUUCGAUAUCAAACUAAACUUCCAAGAAAUCAAGAGCUUUAUUGGUCACAAACACAAUUAUACACAGAAUAACGAGCAGUGAAAUGUAUUUAGCACCUGUUCCACACGAGAAGAAGAAGAGAAAACACAAGAAAUAAAGACAGAUAUGAAUAGAAAUAAAUCAAAGUGGCAAAUAGUGCAGAAAACAUACAUAUACAAGGUAAAGACUGAUGAUUUAAUGGUUUUAAUGUAUUUUAUUUCAUUCAUUUUUUUGUGUCUGUGACUGAUGAUGACAGUCCAUUUUAAUUUACUUGUAUUUCAUUUUAUUGUCCUUUUUUGCCUAUAAAUGAUUAUGGUUCUAUAAUUUUAAUGUUUUUAUUUUACUUAAUUUUAUCCUUGUGUCUUCUGUCUGGCGGGCUGCAGGGUGGUGCAGUUGGUAGCCUCGUAGCAAGAAGGUCGUUGGAUGGAUGGAUCUUCUGUGUGACU